AUGUUAGGUAAUCUGUUGAGAAAAAAAGACGCGUUGUCUCAGGACAGCGUUUCGGAUCCCCAGAUCCCCCCGCCGGUCUAUUCCACCGCCAACGAUACCCAUUACAGCGGGUCCCAGUUGUAUGGUCCAGGGAACAAUGUCCCCACUGCGAAUUUUAGACUGUCGGAUAAAUCCAGUUUAUGUCGGCUAGUUUUGGUGCAGGAUUCGGGCAUCCGGUCCAAGCAGGUUCUGUUCGACUCUGCGCUGAGCGUUAGACCCGGAGUCGCCGAUACAAAUCCUCCGAUGUUUCUGAACAAGUCAUUCCAUCAUUCUGUUAGCGAGCUUUCUGCGUUGAUGUACGGGUAUUAUGGAAUUCUGCUGAACGAUACGGUUUCCACCACAAAACUGCACCAUCUGCCCCCGUUGUCGGCGAUGCCGGGAUCCAUGCUGAUCACAAGACUGUUUUCCCUGGACUCGUCCUUUGAGAUGUGUCACAACGACCAGUCAGACCCGGACUGGAGCCCCCUGCCCUGUGUUUAUACAGAAGACGUCCCGGUCAAAGACAUGACCACCACGAGGCUUGCGUUUGGUCUCGUGAUACCCAUCGGGAGAAGCUCCAACGCUCACGAAAUAAUCACCGAUCAUUGGCCACAGAUCUCGGGACAUCUCGAAACAGUGCAGAAAAUCAUCAUCUCGCGCUUAAAAGCAAUACAUUCUCUCCAACAACCACAAGAUUCAGUCAAACUCAGUUUCCCCACAGGAUGUCUUCAAAAAGAGCCCGAUCUCGUGCAUUGUCUGCACCAGUUUGUGCGCUCUCUAAUUUAUUUAAUAGAAACCCCAAGACUAUACAUUCCUUUGAGACACAGCGACUACACGUUAUCGAACUGGGCAAACACCGUGGCAACAUGGCUAGAACUGAAAGAUGGCCGUCAUCCAACAGUCACCACUUCUUCAUCGCCAACUUCACCUAUGCAACCAAACCCUUCCAUGGUUGGCUUCAAGUUCCUGGCUACUCUGUUGACAUUUGUGCUUCCGUACAGAAAAGAGAUUGUCAGCUGGCCUUCUUCAGACAACAAAACGGGUAUCAGGGUGGUCCUGGUGACAGGAAACCCUGUGAUAUCCCAGAAACUGAUUCUGAUCAUUGCUGGUAUUCUUGGCUAUGACGAGUACUUGGCUCCUCAGAAUCUGUCCAAAUCUGUUUCCGAGACCAGCGAAGUCCCGCAGCCAGCCACUGCGUCAAAACCUAUUCCUAUUCGAAAUCGAAGCUUCCAGGAAGACUCGAGCUCUGCGUCGACGUCUCCAGAGAUCACCAGCUCAGGUUCCACCAAGGGCUGGGAAAUCCCAACGAAAGCCACGCCCAUCAUCUCUGGCUCGCCCAAAUUCAUGGAAAUUGCCCGCCCUGAACGCCCGCCCAUGUCGCAAAUCCACAGAACCUCGUCGUACGCGUCGCUCCAGAACCUUUCCACGUCGUACGGCUCGCAAUCAACCACGGUGUCGUCCUCGUGGAGAAAUAGGUUCUACUUCGGUUCGUUCAUGGAGCGUUGGCGAGGUGGCUCCGAAAACCCGGAGUUGACACACUCGCCCGCCGCAGAGUACGAGGAGUACCCGUGGAAACCGCUGUCGUCGAGCCACAAGGUUUCAAAACUAUCUCGAAGUCUUGCUUCGCUGGACAUGGGCAACGAAAAACCGGUUUCAAGAAACACCCGACAGAUAUACGGCUCCGACGCCCACGUGAAGACGGUCAAGGCGAUCAUGUCCAGCACCGUGGAAGCAGAGUCUCCAGAGGAGAAAGUACUAGACGUGGCAUUGAAUCCGCAACAAUCGAUCAAACCAACACUAUUGCCAAUGAUGACCGGGUUCAUCGACCAGUACCGACGCGAAUUCUCGUUGCAGUCGUGUCCGACAAACUUCAAUCUGGAAGAGCAGAUCGCCAUGUCGAUGAAAGACGACUGCUUGAAAAUGGGGCCUGGGUCGUGUUGCAAAACGUUUGUGAUCAACUUGAAACAACGUGAAAUCAGGCUGGUGGAGACAAAAUACCAGCUUAACGAAGACUGCGACCAAGCGCAGUACCCAAGACCGCUGGUCACCAAACUGUUUUCUCCCUACAAGAGAGACUUACCGGAGAAGUUCUCUCAAAAAGUCGAAAGAUGCGAUACCAUUUUGAAUAAGAUAGCAUAUCUGGUAAAGGACCGCAACCAGAACGACCAGAUCCGCUCUUUGAUCAAAUCACUCAUUAAUUGA